AUGAUUUAGUUUUAAAUACAAUCAAUUUAUUCAUCAUUCGAUAGUUUGUUAGUUUUCUUCUCCAAAACUAGUCACGGAUAGGAUUUCGUCAUGACGUCAUCGCGGGUGAUUAAUUGAUUGACGGAUCUCUGGCGAUUGACAGUCGGAGAGCGGCGCGCGCUCGUGUCAUGUGACUCAAACGCUCCGGAAAAGCAGCGGAUGACUGAACUCAUUUCACUCGCUCGAGUUCUCUACGUUUCUCAGCUCACACAUUGAACUAAAGACUUUAAUGAAGAUUUCUGUGGCGUAAACAGAGCGGGUUGAAAAAUGGACCUGGCACAUCAUGGUCUUGUUCUUCUGAAGCGUCUGAAUGCUCAGAGGGAGUUUGGUUUCCUCUGUGACUGUACUGUCGUCAUUGGUGAUGUACUUUUCAAAGCCCACAAAGCUGUUCUCGCGGCUUUUUCAAACUACUUCCGUAUGCUGUUCAUUCAUCAAGACAGUGACUGUGUUCGACUGAAACCUUCGGAUAUACAGCCCGAAAUCUUUAGCUACCUGCUUAACCUGAUGUACACCGGAAAAUUUACCACCGAGCCCAUUGACCCAGUUUAUCUGGAGCAGGGUGUGAAGUUCCUGCAUGCUUACCCCUUAUUACAGGAGGCAAGUCUUCUUAUGAAUCCCGAGUCCCAGUACGUGCCCUUGACAAACUCGCUUUAUGGCAUACAGAUUUCUGACCAGGCUUGCGGUGCGUCCAACAGAAAUACAGCAUGCAAAGAUGAUCCUUUUGCUAAAAGCUUUGAAAACGUGGGCCGGGGAUGUUCAGACGUUUCUGAUAUGGAGUACAGAUCUCCACGACCUGUUGGCAUAGAAUCGCCCACCCAGAACACAGCCGCUUCAAUGGUCCGACACCUCACGUUUGGAAUAAUGAGAAGAACUACUUCCUCUAGAAAGCGUUACACCUGCAAUUAUUGUGGUAUACGUUUUUACCAAAGGUCCAAGUUGAAGGCACAUCUGCUUGUUCAUACCAACCAAGCAACAGAAACACAGGCAUCCUCUAUACAAAAUGAUUACAGCGGUCAAGAAAUGGAAGAGGAGCAUUUGCAUCAUGACAGUGAUGUUAUAAGUGAUAUCGAUCAACAUGCAUGGAUGGAGGAUACUCCACCUCCUUCUGAUAUUGCUGAUAUUGACACCAUGGAGGGCACAGACAUGGAUCGUGAAAUGAAGCGCCGUAAAUUUGAGUGCCCGACCUGUGCCCGCAAGUUUAUUCAGAAGAGCCACUGGCGUGAACACAUGUAUAUUCACACAGGAAAGCCAUACAAGUGUAGCUCUUGCGGAAAGAGCUUCUGCCGAGCGAAUCAAGCCGCUCGACACGUUUGUUCAAAUCAGGGUUCAGAUUCGUACAUUAUGGUCAACAAGCAAAGUCUGGUUGUGUGUGGUGGAGAAGACAACAGUCAGGUGGAAGCUCUGUUCCAGACUUCAGAGAGACCCUACAAAUGCAGAAUGUGUGCCGUACCUUUUGGUAGCCCAUCGGAGGUACUCAAACAUCAGUGUUUGGUUAAGGACGAAACUGAACCUUUGGUAGACAAUUCACUGGGGGUGAAUGAGAACGAGAGUUUAGUAACGACACCUCAGGUUCAAUCUGAAGAUGCCAUGUUACAAGUUAGUGGAAAUGUUUAACAAUAUUUUUUUAUCGGUCACUGUCUGUAUUAAACUCGGUUAAACGUAUAAUUUAAGGUCCACUACAUUCAUUUGGAAUUUAAGAGAUUGUAAAUAAUUUUUUUUCCUUAGUCAGAAUCAUACUACUGAGCUUGAAAUGAGUGAAAAAAUAAAACCUUUUUUUCAGUUUUCGAGUCGUCUUAUCUCCCCCAAAAUAACAAAAAUGGUAUUCUGGUGUGCUCUACAGUCACUUCAUCCACGCUGGCCAAAGACAUUUUAAAUGUACUUUAUUUAAAUAAAACUUGAAAUAUAAUUUGUAUUAAUCCAUACUGUUUUUAACAAAAUCUAAAAACAAAAAUACUGUUAUAUUUUGUUGUUAAUGCAUAGUCAAACAGUGUGUACCAGUGUUUUUAAAGGCCUCAUAGCUGAAUUGCAUGUAUGCAUAUGUUAGAAUAAAGGGGGUCGCACACCGGACGAGAAGCGUCGCGUUGCAUAGCGUCAUGAAUCUAAAAACGGAUCACAUUAUUUUCUAUGAAUGUACGCACACCGGUGGUGCCUGUUGGCGGCUGGACGCUGCUCAACGCCACUCACAUAGUUUAACAUUAAAUAACAUCAUAUUUUUCCAAAAUCGUUAGCGAAUAUUUUGCAUUUUUAAGUAGAUGCUAUCUGACUAAGAUUGCGCUAUUUAUAUGCAUGUCCAGUGUACGAUACCUCAGAGUUGUCCUAGACGCGCCGCUUACCAUCUGGUGUGUGACCCCCUUAAGUCGAAAGAAAAUUAUACAGAUGCCCCAAAUACUUGCUAGAUUGCUUUUAGAACUCUUAAUACUGGGAAGGCAGCUUAGACAUUGGUCAUGUGUAGUGCAGU